GGCGCGGGCUCCACAGUGGAGAAAGAUGGCGGCCCCGACGUUUACUGCGAGGUUAUACUCCCUGUUGUUCCGCAGGACCUCCACUUUCGCCCUCACCAUCGCCGUGGGCGCUUUGUUCUUCGAGCGCGCCUUCGACCAAGGCGCGGACGCGAUCUACGAACACAUCAACGAGGGGAAGCUGUGGAAACACAUCAAGCACAAGUAUGAGAAUAAGUAGUUCCCUGGAGACCCCUACCCAAGCCAAAAGGACCAGGUCCAUCCACCAGCUGUUUGCCCAGAACCAGGGCCUCAGCUUGAAGAUGAUGCUCAGAUUACUCUUCACCGACCACCUUUAGCUGUUGGCAAGAAGUGGCUUCACCUGACAGACUCUUUAACUUCUGCUGUGUUUGAAGCAUGUUUAAUCAGUCAUCAGCAAAUAAAUGUAAAUUGUCCUUGAGACAUGCUUCUG